UGAUCCUGAAUCCAAUUUUAGGUUUAUGGGACGGGAUCGCUAGGUUUUCAGAUGCGAGGGACCGAUUCGAAGGUUUCUGGGGAAUAAUUUGACCCUGAUUUCAGAUUGGAAUUGGUCUUGAUUGAUCCUGAAUAUGGGACGUUCUGAAGCGGUCAAUUCUAGGUUUCUGGGACGGAAUUGCUAAGCGAUACUAGGGUUUCUGGGGAUCGGCAGUGACGAGUUUGACCCCGAUUCCACAUUGGAAUUGGUCUUGAUUGAUUUGAAUCUGGGACGUUCUGAAACGGCCAAUUCUAGGUUUCUGGGACGGAUCGCUAGGUUUUCAGAUGCGAGGGAGCGAUUCUUGGGUUUCUUGGGAGGACGAAUUCUACCUCGAUUUCGAAUUUAGAAUUAAUGGAUAUAGUCCCCAGUCCCUACUCUGGAAAUGGACUACACUGUAAUUUGAGGCAUGCGCGGCCCGAUUGAGAGGGAAAAGUAGAAGAAAAGGCGCCAAACAAAAUGGAGACCUUCGGAGAGCCAUGGCCAGAACUCAACGACGGCCUCACCUAUAAUGAUGUCGUCCCUUCUUCUAACACUGCUUCAACAACCCUGGUUGAAUUCUACUCAACCAAGUACAAUAACUCAGCCCCCUUCGAAGGUUGGUUACAGAGGAUACGGAAUGGGCAGAUAACGGUUGAUCGCCAAGUUGUAAAGAAUCCUGACACAAUUCUCAGAGAAGGUUCAAAAUUAAUCUAUCAUCGUCUUCCUUGGAGAGAGUCAGAUGCACCGUACUUGCUGGAAGUUCUUUUCGAAGAUGAUGACUUGGUUGCUUUGAAUAAGCCUUCGGGUCUACAAGUUCUACCUGGUGGACUUUUCCAGCAAAGGACGGUUUUAACCCAACUCCAGUGGAGAGCAAGUAAAAAGGCUUCUUCUUCACUGGGGCUUUCACAGGAACCUCAUCCUGUUCCUGUUCAUCGACUUGGUAGGGGCACUUCAGGAAUAUUGCUCUGUGCCAAGUCGAAGCUUGCCAAAGCCCGUCUUGCUGCAUAUUUUGCUGAUGGGACAUCAGUUAUUGGGAAUAAGAGGGUAACCAACAUGGAGCUUGGGAUAAAAAGGAGAAUUACAAAGAUAUAUCGAGCAUUGGCCUCAGGAAUAAUUGAUAAAGAUGAGGUUGUCAUCACGCAGCCAAUUGGAUUGAUGCGAUACCCUGGGGUAGCCAAUGGGCUUUAUGUUGCUUCUUCAUUGGGUAAACCAGCACUCACCAAAGUUGAUGUUCUUGAGAGAGAUGUACUGGGAAACUGCACAUUGGUCGAGGUUGAGAUUCAGUCAGGACGUCCACACCAAAUCCGCAUUCAUCUUUCCUUCAUUGGGCAUCCACUCAUUGGAGAUCCUCUCUAUGAUGCUGGUGGUCAUCCAAAAUGCUUCAAAUCAGAGUUAGGAGAUGGGAGUUUUGCAGAAGAUGGAGGUUAUCAGAGGCCUAUGAAUCCUGUUCCUGGAGACUGUGGCUACUACUUGCAUGCUUAUCGAUUGGUUCUUCAUCAACCAACCACAGGCAAGGUAAUUGAAAUCACUGCUGCUCUCCCAUCUAUCCUACAGACACAGGAUGAACUCAAUCAGAAGGAGCAUACCACGCAGCCGAGAACUGUUGACACUGCUGUAGCAGUUUCUGAGAAGAAGCAACAAAUGUAGCAAUCAAAUCACCCCAUGUUUAAGAAUUGGAACUGUUUUUCUGCCAGUGUGUACCUGCCUUUCAGGGCUAUCUCCACGCUGCCAUCUAUUCGAUCUAAUUGUAUGCCUUUCCAUGUACAUGAAUGCACCCCCUUUAGCUCUAUGCAUUCUCUUGUAGUCUUGAAUUCUGUUCUGCCACGGGGCAAACUUCAAUUAAAAUGAAACUUAGUAUGUGAAUAGAAAGCCUGGAGAUUGGUUUAUCUCAUUUUAA